AUGAGCGUGAACGACUGGGCCUACCUGGCUGUGGCCCGCGUGGUGGUGGCGAUCCGCGAUGCCGAGCAGCUGGGCCAGGCGUCGCUAUUCACCGCCUCCCAGCGGUUCGUCCAGCGGGUGUUGCUGGUGCUGGCGCUGUGCGGGCUGAUACUGAUGUCCCUCGCCGGCCUCUACACCUUGCUUGCCAUUGAUCCCCGCAAGCUCAUCUUCCGCCAUCACCUCAUCUUUUUCUUGCUCUUUUUCGACUUGAUCAAGGCCAUCGUGUUGCUCAUCUACCCCGCCCGCGUCCUCCAGCACCACCAGCUGUACUCCAACACCAAGCUCUGCCAGGCCGCCGGCUUCUUCACCGCGUUUGCCAUCGAGGGUGCCGACAUCGCCAUCUUGGCGUUCGCCGUCCACACCUACCUCCUCAUCUUCUAUCCCGAGCUCACCGUCAAAGUGCGCAAUGCCGUCGUCCCCCGCAGCGAAGGCGGCCUUUACCGCUACCGCUUCUACGUGUACGCGUUCGCCUUUUUCUUCCCUGUGCUCAUGUCGCUGCUAGCGUUCAUCCACCCCACCGGGUACCUCCCCUACGUGUGCUGGUGCUACUUGCCUCAGCGGCCAGUGUGGUACCGGUUUGUGCUUUCGUGGGUGCCGCGGUACGUGAUCUUGGUGCUGAUAAUCGCCAUCUACGUUUACAUUUACUUCCACGUGAUCCGUGAGUUUAAAAAGUUAGGCGGCGUGUUCAACACUAUCCACAACAAGGGCCAGCGCAAGACCCCGGGUAAGCAGCUGAUAUUGCGAACUAUCCGCUACCACAUACUCCGCGUCAAGGACGCCGUGCUUCCGCAAAUGGUGCUCCCUGAAAGAUCCUCGUCAUCUUCGGAAACGGCGCAGGCGCCGUCGCCGCGAAAGCUGGCGCUGAAGUCACCGCAGAAUAGUAGUGAUGCCCCCGUCGACACCAUCAAGGAGGAGGCAGAAGAAGAACCGUCAGAAGACUCGCAGGUAACAUCAGUGCUGACACCAGUGCACGUUGACCCGCGCGAUAUCGUCUACGAUAAAGACCUUCACCAGUCAAACCUUGAAAACUUCCGUCGCCGGCAGAAGAUCAUAGAAAAGCAGAUGAAACUGAUCUUUAUUUAUCCCUUUGCAUACUUCCUCAUCUGGCUUUUUCCCUUCAUUCUUCAGGCGACGCAAGUGAACUACGAACAGAAGCAUGGCCCCAUCCUUUGGCUCAACGGUAUGGGUGCGUUCAUGCAACCCAUCCCCGGGUUCAUUGACACUUUGGUGUUUUUUUAUCGCGAACAGCCGUGGCGAUACACCGUGAUGAAGACGUUUGAAAACGAACACCGGCUGCGAAUGCACCUGAUGACCAGUGCGACGACGCCGUCUAGCCCGGAAGAUCAGAAUCUGAGUGCUAUCCUUACCAAACCGUCACUUCCCACCGAUUUAAUUGACGAUUAUAACUACCUGUGGUGGCGACGCCUAGCCAACCAGCUAAGACUACCGCUAUUUGGCCUCCCCACCGAGUCUCGGGUGAAAGCCAUCCACAACAAAAUCACUCCUGAGCACAUCGAGCCACCGCAAACGAAGUCUUCUUCCACCGCAGGCCAGAUGCUCGACCGUCUUCAACCAGUCUAUGUCCCCACCAGCGCUGGCGCUACCAUGGUGGGCCAUGACUUUUCUGCUCUUUUGCAGGAUGACCCUAACGAAAGGGACUUUCGCCAAAACAAACUCGAAAAUUACUCGUUCGAUUUCUCCACCCACAGAUCGAGCGUGCUCUCGCCUCGCAAGGGCAGCGUGUUUCUGGGGUCUCAACGGCUGCAUAAUCUGAAUCAACUGCGACGUUUUCUGCUUGCCGAUACUUCAGACGCGAAACAGGGAUCUGGUCGCCGUGGUAGUGUUGCUAACGUUGCCAAAGCUACAACCCCUCGCCAGACGCUGGGCGACGAUAUGGACAUUCUCGAGUUUUUGCGCAAAGGCCCAUGA